CUCCUGUCUACGCAUACGUCACAAUCAUGAAUAGAAUUGAUGAUCGGACGUUGUGAUUUAAUUGUCUGGCUAAAACUGGGGAAGAAAUCUGCUGAUUUGGAGCGUCUCCCUGAUUUUAGCCUCAGAAAUGGAGGAAAGGAAGUGAUUUUUGUUCCCUUUGGAUCGGAAGCUGUCCUCAGAGCGGCUCCUUCCCGUCCGGAGGCAGGAGGCGAGGAGUCUGGAGGCAGCAGCAUGGAUGUAGGAGAGAUGGAGGAAGGUCUGUGAGCUGCAUGGCUGCCUCCUUCCCCUCUGCUAGCGACAUGGAUGGGUGGCCGCAGAGACGAGGCCUGCAGACUAUGAACCUUCGCUCAGUGUUCACGGCCGAACAGCAGAGGAUCCUGGAACGCUACUAUGACAACGGGAUGACCAAUCAGAGCAAGGCCUGCUUCCAGCUCAUCCUGCAGUGCGCUCAAGAGGCCAAGUUGGACUUCAGCGUCGUUCGGACAUGGGUCGGCAACAAGAGAAGAAAGCUGGCCUCCAAGGUUGAGCAGAAUGGAAGCGCGUCUCAUUCCUUGUCCAGUCACGGAUUAGUGGGAGGGUUACUGUCCAGUCCCACGCUGGCUGGAGGGGUGCUGUCCAAUCACAGCCUUGGGACGGGGGCGCUGCUUCCUGCUGAUCUAGCCGCCGCCCGGAACAUCCAGAACCGCCUGCACCUCCUCCCCCCAUCCUCGUCUUUUCCCGCUCUCUCCUCAGCGUCUUCCUCCCCCUCAUCAUCCUCACCUCUCAGCAGCGGAAACAACAAAAGUAAUAAUGAUGUGAUACUGACUGGGAUUUACUCUCUAAACUCUGCCCCUCGCUCCCGACCGAGACCCUCAGCCGCCCCAUCUCAGUCAGACUCGGAGCUUUCCAUCCGCUCCUCUUCCUCUCUGAUCACCCAGGCUCUGCAGAGCAGAAGCACUUCCACAUCCUCACCCAUCCACCCCAAAAUAAUGACCCCGCCCUCUCAGACUCUCCCGUCACUCACGUCUGCCUCAGGACCCUUAGUCUACACUGCAGUCAGAAAGGGCACUUUAUCCAGUGGGGAAGGGGGGGUAAGUGCUGGGACAGGACCAGUACCCCACAGCUGGACUAGACAAUACGGUACAGUACAAGCUCGGCCUUGGCCGUCCUCUUCUUCACAGACUGGAGCUCAGCUUCAGCCCAGACCUCACUCCAACCCACAACCUCAGCCUCCUGCACCGCAAAAGCCUCGGGCCCCCCUCCCAGCCCAGAACGCCAGCCCCUCUUCUGAGAUGGCCCCUCGGAUUCAUCAAGUCUUCACCCUGUCAGGAAAGUCUGACUCAGAGCGGCCAAGAUCCGGGCAGGCAUCUGCUCUGAGAAGCCAGGAAUCCUUCAGACCCACUCCUCUCCCUCUGGACGCAGGUCAUAACUUCUCCAUUGCCAUGGAAACAGGAAACGAAGAGGACGAAUGGCUGAGGGAGGAGGAGCUGGCCAACAUGGCCGCCCAGACACACAUCUACAGGGAGCAGGCGCUGAGCAGCCCGGUGGGGGCUGAGGGCUCCAUGGUCAAAGGAAACCACACUCCUGCUGCGGCUGGCUCCAGAUCAGCAGCGCAUCCCAGCAGCGCGGCGCUCCAGGGCAGCGCGGCGCUCCAGAGCAGCGCGGCGCUCCAGGGCAGCUAUUCCCUCACAGUACAGACCUCCAUCACAGGGGAGCCCAGCUCACAGGCUUCGCCCGCCGUGUCUGCUGCUCCGUGGGUGAUCAACAGCUCCAGGAAGAGAACACUGCAGGAUCGGACUCAGUUCAGCGACGCCGACCUCAUCCAGCUGAAGCGCUACUGGGACCGAGGCAUGACCAGUCUGGGCUCGGUGUGCAGAGAGAAGAUCGCCGCUGCUGCCAACCAGCUCAGUGUAGACACUGAAAUAGUCAAGACAUGGAUCAGUAACAGACGGAGGAAGUACCGUCUGAUGGGUAUUGAAAUCCCUCCUCCUAAAGGCGGGCCGGCUGUAUUCACCAGCUCAUCUCCAGAAAGUCAGUCUCCUUCCGCCCUUAGCCCGGACGGAGAACCGCACAGAACACCCGACCUGGCGGACGAGCUGAAUGAUUGCAGCUCUGCCUGCAUGUCUGAAGACGGGACUGUUGACUCGCAUCACAGAGACGGAGAUGAUGAAACGGAGAUGUCCGCUGCUGCUCCGCUGGCCAAUAAUGUGAAGGUUGAAGUGAUCGAUGAGGAUGAAGAAGCGGAUGAAGACGGCGACUUGAUGGCUUCAGACCUGGAGCAAAUGCAGAACCUGCUGGAAUUCAAGCACGAGGAGGUGCAGUUCUUAGAAAACGAGCUAGAGAACCAAAAAGUCAAAUAUCAGGAGCUUGCAAACUUCACAAACAGCCUGCUCAGCGCCGUGAGGGACAAUGACCUGGCCAGGCAGAAGGAACUUUUGGCCAGUCUACCUCAGCCUUCAGACCAGGACUGGGACACGACUGUGGAGAAAAGAGCGCAUCCCACCUCCAACCACCAAACGCAGACGGACGGCUCGGCUCAGGAUGAUAAAGGAUUCCUGCUGGUCGACGUAAACGAAGGCGACGCAGCGAGCGAAGUGGCUGAGCCCUCUGCAUCAGAGGAGCAGCUGAGGGAAGCUGGGACCGAGCAGGACUGACUGUGAGGCUCCAGGGAGGGAGGUAUAGUCUACCGCAGCAGACGCCGUGCCUGUGGACUGUUGGGCUGAUCGAGGCCUUUUUUUUACUGCAUAUCAUUCGCCUUCUUGCUCUGGUCGAGUCCAGAGAGAACAAUAAAUGACCUCUAACUUAA